AUGGCGCUGCAGGACGUACGCGCGGCGUGCGCCGACGUGGCGCACGGCGCUGGCAUCCGCAUCGAUGGCGGGGCCAUCCGCACGUUUCUGCAGAUGCUGCCCGAGGACACGUUCGAGGCGCUCAAGACGCAGCAUGGCCUGCGCUUCCCCCUCGCCUUUGCGUCGGCGGAGGACGAGGUGAACUUCGUCGCCGUGCUGGCCCUGCUGAAUGCGUUCUCGGGAUACCGCGUCGACUUUCACCGGGCCACGGGGCAUGGGGCGUACGACAAUGUGCGGCGCAUGGUCCUCGGCCUGUACUUGUCGGCGGACGGCGACGCAGCGAACCUGAGUGCUGAGGGCCUCGCCCACGUCACCCCCGCCAUGCUCGCCCAGCUCCUGGGCGUGCCGACGCACACGGAGGCCGCGCAUCCGACGCUGCCGGGGGUGACCGUCGGCGUGCCCGGCGGACCGCUGAAGGAGCCCCUCGAGCUUGCCGCGUCCAUGUGUCGCGAGACCGGCGCGUUCCUCAAGGCGCGCCACAUGCCCAGUCUGGGUGCGUACGUGCUGCAGGCAUGCGAGGCAGCGGCCGCGACGGACGACGCCGAUUCAGCCUUCCUGGCAUCGAUCACCGAGGUGCCUGCGUUUGACGACACCUUCAUGGAGGGCGACCAUGGCGUACAUCUAUGGAAGAAGGCGUACUUUCUUUUGCAUGCCCUGCGCGGACUCCUGGCGCGACCAGCGCUACCGCCAGCCCUUGUGCAUCUGCGCGAGCACUACAAGGUGCACCGGCCAGCGCCCCUCCCCAUGUUUGUGGACAAUGUGGUGCCGACGAUGCUCGCGACGCUCGGUAUCCUGUCGUUCGCUGACUGCCCGGAGCCUGCGCUCCGCACAUGGCAGGCGGUCCCGCAGGAGGGCGCGGACAAGGUGGACGGCCCGCGCCUCUCACGCGAUGCCGCGCUUGGCUCGCGACCAUGA